AUGUUUCAUCUGCCUAUGCUACAUUUUACGGCCAGCCAAGUGGCCCAAGUUUGUGAAACGCUAGAGGAGAGUGGGGAUAUAGAGCGUUUGGGACGGUUUCUGUGGUCGUUGCCGGUCAACCCUGCGGCCGUGGGUGCACUCAAUCAGCACGAGUCCGUACUCAAAGCUCGUGCUUCCGUUGCAUUUCACACCGGCAAUUUCAGGGACCUUUAUCAUAUCUUGGAAAAUCACAAAUUUGCCAAAGACGCUCAUGCCAGGCUGCAGGCGAUGUGGCUGGAGUCGCACUACCUGGAAGCCGAGCGGCUACGAGGGAGACCGCUGGGUCCCGUAGACAAGUAUCGAGUCAGGAAGAAGUUUCCCCUACCCAGAACGAUUUGGGACGGCGAGCAAAAGUCCCACUGCUUCAAAGAACGGACUCGAAAUCUUCUGAGAGAGUUCUAUCUAAAAGACCCUUAUCCGAACCCGACCAAAAAACGAGAGUUGGCCCAGGUGACAGGUCUUACCCCAACCCAGGUGGGUAACUGGUUCAAGAACCGCCGACAGAGAGACCGGGCUGCGGCCAGCAAGAACAGACUUCACCAGAGAUACCAGUCACAAUUUCAAAGUCCAUCUAAAUGUGACGACACUUCUGACGAAGAUAUCUGUCAACCUUUCGAAUCAAACCGAGGCUCACCGGAAACCAAUGAUCUACGAAACAGUGGCUGUCGAAGUGAAGCUAGCUCUCCUGCCUCGGACAAAGAUGCAGAAUGCGAAGAAGAUGAACGAACAUUAAAAUCAAAGGUGUUGAAUUUUGACAUGGACUAUGACAAGGACGAUUUUAUUGUCGUAGAUUCCCCAUGUCCACCGGAAUCAUAG